GAUACCGGAGUUUUUGCAGAGAUUUAUGCUGCGUUUUAUCGAGUUUUUACGCUGCAACGCGGCUAAAGAUACCGUUUUAUUCGACGCAAAACAUUAACCACUGCAUUGGAAAUCUUCUGGCUUCAAAGGAGAGGUAUUCUCGCCGUAAAAGGAGGUAUUUUCGACAGUAAUUCGCGUACGUACCUAGUGCAUUUUGCGGCUGACCUUUGGUGCACGUUCAAACGCAUUCAUGCUUGAAAAAACAACGAUAUUUCUGUACUUGGUAUGCAUUGUACACACAGACCACUUGACGAAGGAGACCGUCAGGGAUUGGGCCUCAAAAGUUGAGGAUUAUUUAGUAGAAUUAGCGAAGGAAGGGCUGCGUACAAAGGAAUUACAGAGACUUUACGACGAAGCGAGCUAUGUUGCUGAGCAGAGGGAUGGCAAAAGAACGGUCGAAGCCGUCAAAGAAAAGCUUGGAGGUUAUUUUUCAAAGAAGGAGAAAGCAGCAAAGACAUUGGCUGCAGAGACUGCAAAGCUCAUUGCAUCUGUAAACAAGACUGUCUUGGAAGAUAUCAAGUCAGUCCGAGACCUGCCCAGUGAUGUAUAUUCUGAUGCAGACUUGCAAAAUUACAAUCCAGUUAUUUCACCAAAAUAUAACACUUUGUUUAAACAAACGAUAAGCUUGAAGCAGAGUUCAGUGAAGAUCUCUGACCAAACACCAAGAGAUAAUGCUGAAGUAAUCAAUACAAUUGCCUGGAGUUCAGGGUUGGACAAGAUUUUUGUUCAGAAUUUAGGCAAUGAUUCUGAUCUCAGAUGGCAGUAUUUUGGCUCAAACAACGGUUUAUACCGUAUGUAUCCCGGACGAGAAUGGCAGACAAAUUUUGCAGGGUUUUACGAAGACUAUGACCCCCGGGUGCGACCAUGGUACAUAGCAGCCACUUCUGGACCAAAGGACGUGGUCAUUGUGUUAGACUGCAGCCAUUCGAUGUCUGGAAAGAAAUUUAAUAUGGCCAAGUCUAUUGCGAUCACUGUUCUCAAUACCUUGACAAAACAAGAUUAUGUAAACGUGAUCUGUGGUCGAGAACCUUACUAUGAUGAAGUGGGAAAGUUUAUUCACGAAGAUGUUCAAACAAAUGUCCUAAGCUGUCAGCAAAAUCGUCUUGUACCUGCUUCAACAUCACAUAGAAAAGAUCUUAUAGCUAAAAUCAAGGAGUUAAAAGCUGCUGGAGCAACUAAAUUAAAAAAUGCUUUUGAAAAAUCUUUCGACCUGCUGACAGGUAACACAGGAACCAGAUGCCAGUCAUUCAUAAUCUUCAUCACAGAUGGUCAGGACACAGACGGAGACAAAGUACGUUGUGAAAAAGGAUACUAUACUCGAAGUGGUUAUGUCCCAGGGAAAAAGUGCCAGUAUGAUUGGGAUGUGGUUUGGGACAAUGUGAAAUUAUGGAAUACACGUGGGACACGAAUAUUUUCAUAUCUUGUGGUGGAUGAUGGAGAAGAGUUUCCUGGGAAACUAGCAUGUGAUAAUCGAGGCUUUAUGAAGAAGAUUGUUGAAAGUACAAACCUCAUCAGUCAAAUGCAGGAUUACUAUGAUUUCCUCACAGCUAAUACUCAGUCUACAGCAAACAUCACUUGGAGUCCACCGUACCUAGAUGCUCUAGGAUUGGGAUUGAUGGUAACAGCCGCCAUACCAGUUGUCACUAACAGAACACUUGGUGUGAUUGGCAUCGAUGUUACCUUGGAAGAAAUUGAAAAUAUUUUGACUCGCUACACCUGGGGCUCGGCGUAUGCAUUUCUCAUCAAUAAUGAAGGAGAGACAAUCUUUCACCCUUUGUUACGACCUAGUACACAGCUGGUGGAUGAUCCAAUAUUUGUUGAUAUCAAGGAAUUAGAGAAACCGGGUGGAGAUGGAAUGAAAGAUUUUACUGAAGUUAUUAAAGAAAUGAAGAAGGGAAAAACGGGAUCAAAACGAAUCGAAAACGCCGACAGAGCGCUUCCCAAAGGAGACUUCCAGGAUGGCCUUAAGUAUAUCAAAACGCCAGUCACAUACUUCUAUACUGGGGUGCCAGACUCCAGUUAUUCCUUUGCGUUCAGUUUCACCGAUUCAGAUCUGAAGUAUAGACGACCUGAUAGGCCUGGUCAGGCUGUCGGAAGUUUGCCGAAGAAUUUUUAUGGAUACAUGAAGUCAUAUAAUGAUAGUUAUGUACGCAAGGAACUUGGUCCUGUGUUUGAAAUCUUGGACUUGCAAUUCAACGUUGAGGAUUACCCUGAGCUGUACAUUUCUCGCAAUCACUCGUCCGUGUUCAUCGCCCCAAGAGCAUAUUGCAAUCCAAAUAAAUACUUAUUCAAUGACAACUCCUCGCAGCUCACAGUGGAUAUCCAUAAACUUAUAAACGAUUUAAAAAACUCUUCAGAAUGUAAUGUCUCUGGUACUCUGCUGCCUGGAAGCGUGAGGUCAGAUGUACUCAUCACUGCUCCUAUUGAGACCGCGUGGAAGGCGAGGAAUCGAACUAUUUUGAAGGACGUUCGCUGGACAUAUGUCGCCACAACGCGAGGUGCGUUUAGAAGCUACCCUGGACAUCGUUCGCCGAAAAAUUUCGAUCCUACGAGACGUCCAUGGUAUCACAGAACUAUUGUUAAUCCCUCCAAAACCUCUGUAUCGAAUGCCUACAUGGAUCUGAAUGGUAUUGGCAAAGUGAUCACAAUAUCUCAGGCCGUCUUUGAAAAGACCGAGUCAAAUGUCGAUUGCAGUCGAACCACUAAACAUGGCGGUUGUUCUUGCUCCAGCCACGACGAAUGUUUAUCUCGCUAUUGUCGCAAUGCAACGUGCACUGGAGACAGAGUGGAGGCCGUCGUCGCUCUUGAUAUUAAAUAUCGUGAUUUUCACGAGAGCAUUUAUGAACGCUUGAGACGAAGUGGAGGUGAGAAAGCGUGCGGCGAGACGUAUCUAUGUCCUGAUGGAGUACAUCAGUGUGAAACAAGAUGCUACUUGGUUGACAAUGCUGCAAACUUGGUCACCGAUCCAGACUUUCUUGAAGCUAAUAUCACAGACGAGCGAGAGUACCAGAGGGUCUCACUUGGACGUAAAGAAGGCGACAUAAUGAAACAACUUGUUCAGGAACAGAAUGUUUAUGAACAAACUCAUCGCUUUGAUUACCAGGGAAUCUGUAGUGUCUCACCAUAUUUCCCCAAGGUAACCCUUAAAGGAAUUAUUCAAACGCCAGAAGAAGAAGAUGAAUAUUAUCGGAACAGGGGACCCAUUCCUCCAUUCCAAAACGAGUAUGGUUGUAUUCAAGAUGUGGUAGGAUACGCCGCUUUAUUUGAAGACAAUAAAGUUUUUACUGGACAUUCGUCAGGCCCCUGCACUAUUGGCAACUACUUUUUCACGUCUUUGCCUAAAACCAAUCUUUACCUUCUCGUUAUCGAGAACUGGUCGCGGUAUCGUCAAUCAUAUUUUUACAAUUUCAACUGCCGAAUAAGCAACCAAGUAUUUGACGCAGGUGCUUAUCGUAUCGUGAAUGGUACGUGUAAACACAUCGACCAUAGUUCAAGCAAGAAAGAGACUUGUCCUAAACUGCGGGAGAUUAAAUUAAAAUGCACUUAUAAUGGCUGCCGUCAUCGACUUCCAUCAUGGCUGGUUCUUUUCAUUUCAUUAUUGCUCGUCCGUGUGUACAGUUAAAUACGACGAUCAUUCUUAUGUUUCCCGUGUCGUUUUUUGAGGAAAAUGGAAGAUUUAUAUAUUGAAAGACGCGAGCUGGUUGGCCCAGAUCCCCUCCCCUACCAUCGACAUUCACUCCUAUUUAUUCUCCUCUUAUAUUAUCCGUCUCCACCAGGGUCGUGGUUCCUAGACGAUUAUUUUAAAAUUCCUAGUUAAUUAAUUUAUAUAGUCCAUUCUUUUUUCUUCAUUAUGAAAGUCCCUGUGUUGUCCCCCUUCUCCCUUGGCGUCCCUCUCUCCCCUGAAGAUCCCUCCAGCUGAAACUCAUUGAAUUAGUAAAAGCUAUAACAAGUUAAAACCUUCAAAGCAUUUUUAUUCCAAAUAAAAGCUUGACUAUAUCCUAUGGAUUUGCAUAAAAUGGAUUUUAUAUACACCUGUCAUAUAAACAAUGAUUUUAUUAUAGUUGC